AUGUUCGUCCAGCGCUCUGCCUUUGCCGUCGCCCGGCGAGCUGCCCCCCGCGCCCUCGCCCGCCGCACUUUUACCACCAGCUUCGUCCGUCGCGAUGCCAACGAGAAGGCCACCGCGGACAAGGAGGCAGGCCACUCCGCGAACGCUCCCAGCGUUGUAGAGGGCUUCAAGAAGCUCGACCAGAUCAAAUCCGAGGCCGACCUCCUCCCCCCGGGUGCGAAGCCCGGAACCGUCCCUACCGAUCUCGAGCAAGCCACCGGUCUGGAGCGUCUCGAAAUUCUCGGAAAGAUGCAGGGCAUCGACAUCUUCGACAUGCGGCCAUUGGAUGCUAGCCGUGUCGGCACCCUGGAGGACCCCAUCGUUGUCAACUCCGCCGGCAACGAGCAGUACGUCGGCUGCACUGGCCACCCCGCCGACUCGCAUGGCGUUCUCUGGAUCACUCUGACCCGCGACGAGCCCGUCAGCCGCUGCAUGGAGUGCGGCUCGGCCUACAAGAUGCACUACGUCGGCCCUGCUGAGGACGCACACUCGGACCACCACGGAGAACACCACGAGAACCCCUACCCCAGGCCCAAGAACAUGUCGGAUUUCAUCAAGGUCGAUUACCUGAACGCAUAA